ACCAAACAGAGUUUGAUAUCUAAAGUUCGAACAAAUUCAUCAGAUGUUUCAUUAUUUGCUCUGCAUCAGAGAGCUGUGAAUGAAGCUCUACAGAGUGAAAAUGGACGUCUGGACCUUUUCCUACGGUUUCUUCUGGGUCUGUCAGUGGAGUCUCAUCAGAUUCUCCUACAAGGACUAAUGAAACAGACAAGAAGCAGCUCUGAUAGCAAUGAGAAAACAGUGGAGUACAUCAAGAUGAAGAUCAGGACCAUUGACUCUCCAGAGAAAUUCAUCAAUCUGUUCCACUGUCUGAAUGAACUGGGUGAUCAUUCACUAGUGGAGGAAAUACAACAGUAUCUGAAAUCUGGAAGAAUAGCUGAAGCCAAACUCUCUUCAUCUCAGUGGUCAGCUGUAGCUUUUGUGUUGUUGACAUCAGAGAAGAUGCCAGAUGAGUUUCAUCUUGAUAAAUUUGUUAAAAGAAGCAAAGCUGAAAAUAUGAAAGUUCUUCAGAUGCUUCUGCCUGUGGUUAAAGAAUCCAGAUCAGUUCAUUUAAAAGAUUGUGGUGUCACAGAUGAAGGUUGUGCUGCUCUGGCUUCAGCUCUGAGAUCAAACCCCUCACACCUGAGACAUCUGGAUCUGUCUGGAAAUAAACUAGAAAGUUUUGGCGUGACACAGCUCUGUGCUUUAUUUGAAGAUCCUCAUUGUAAACUGGAAAAACUAGAGUUGAGUAAGUGUGGUCUCACAGAUGAAGGUUGUGCUGCUCUGACUUCAGCUCUGAGAUCAAACCCUGAACACCUGAGAGAUCUGAAUCUGUCAUCAAAUAAAAUGGGAGAUUUGAAAGUGAGUCUGCUCUCUACUGUACUGGAGAAUCCUCACUGUAAACUGGAGAAACUGAGGUUGAGAGAUUGUGGCAUCACAUAUGAAGGUUGUGCUGCUCUGACUUCAGCUCUGAGAUCAAACCCUGAACACCUGAGACAUCUGGAUCUGUCUGGGAAUGAACUGGGAGAUUCAGUGAAUCUGCUCUCUUCUGUACUGGAGGAUCCUCAUUUUAAACUAGAGAUACUGUGGUUGUGUGAUUGUGGUAUCACAGAUGAAGGUUGUGCUGCUCUGGCUUCAGCUCUGAGAUCAAACCCUUCACACCUGAGACAACUGGGUCUGUCGGGGAAUAAACUAAGAGGUUCUGGUGUGAAGCUGCUCUCUGAUCUGAAGGUUGAUCGACAUUAUGAACUGAAAGUAUUUUUCUAUUGACUCUCAGUAUUUAGACGUUUCCUCAGGAUCAGCUGAUGGUGAAUAAGGAGCCGCUACAGAGACACACAGUCACACAAUCAACAGAGACUCAAGAGACACACUGUGGUCACACUGAAUUCACAUCAUUUUCUUGUUUGUAUCUUUUGUGGGUCUGUUCUUUUGAAUUGCUGAUGUCGUCAUAUUUCCACAAUUAUGCGUUAAGGCAUCUGCACACAGCCAAGGCUGCUCAAAAUUUGAUGUAAUGCAGCAUAAAAGCCAGACUAAUAUUUGUAAAUGCA